AAGUAUAUAUAGGGGUUAAAAUGUUUUAUUUGUGUAUAGUGUAUACCGUUGGGUCUAUCGAAGACCGUCAAAAUGCUGCCGUUUUUAUUGGUUCUUAUUGCUGCCCAGAGCGCCUUAGCUGCUCCAUCUGCCAGCGUCUCCUUCUAUAACGCCAACCAGAUAGAUUCACCAGUUGACAAUGGAAAUCUCGUGAACAGGUACGUCAUCUCCGGACCCUUCGACUAUUUGGAUGUUUCCGACAUCCCCCUCUACUCCAACAUGAUGCUCCAGAUCCUUGGUGACCUGAGUAUUGUCCCUGAUUCCGUUGCUCAAACCUCCGCAGUCAUCCAGACCAUAGCCACCUUGGGUGAACUCACAAACGGCAUCCCUGGGGAUUCUUGUGAAGCUGCUGGCCUGAUCAACGCCUUCGCAUAUGCCUCCAGCUCUGGAAACAACGCCGGACUAGCACAAGCUCUCGCAAACUUCGUCCAACGUCUGUCCAACAAUAUCGACUCAAUCACCCAACUUAUUGUCAACCCAAGCUCAGCACGUUACUCCGCUGGUCCUCGUGGUAAUUGUCUUGGUGGAGGAAGAACUUAUCAAUUCGAGGAAGCAUGGGACGCCAUCCUGAGUAACUCAUCGCCAGCAGCGAGCUCCCUCUUGAACGAAGAGUACUGCGUUGCUAGACGUAUGUACAACGCGUUCAAUAUCAGAAGCAACAAUGUUGGUGCCGCAGUGACCGCUACCAACAUCCCACAAGUUGUUCAAGUGGCUCAAUAUGCUGUCCAAUAUUUGACUAAUUUCUUAAGAGUCGUCGCUUCUGGAUCUAACCCAUCGCAAGCCGGAGCUGCAGCUAAGUCCGCCCUCGCGCAAGGUCUAGCCAAGGUGAAAUGCUGAGACCACAACUACACAUUUCUCUAUUUCUACACAAAAUUUAAAAAUUGCAAAUGCUUAUCUUCAAUGAUGAACUUUCUGUAAUAUAAUUAAAAAAGUCAUGAUUAAAUAUUUAAUUAUCUAUUUCCGACAGAGCUACUUUGAUAGAAUGUUAUGCCUAAAUAUUUUAAAUAAAAUAUGUAAAUAUUGUAUUAUAAGAAAAGUAUGAUAUCGUAUAAAUACAGUUUAUAUAUAUGAA